GUCUAACAAACUGAAAUUAAGAAUGUUUACAAAGAGGAUGCGAACGGAGCAUAUGAAAAGAUUCAAGGACACGAAAUGGGAAACCUACGCCAAGUGUUAUGAGGAGAUGGUAAAGUUAAGACUGACGAGAAGGCUUUUGGAACAAACACAUAAUCCGUGGUUUUGGAACUGUGACAGUGACUCGGAAUCCAGCAGGUCCACUUCUCAAAAUAAUAAAGUUGAGCCAUUGGUACUAAAAGAAGUAUCACAACUAGAACGUGAGAGAAAGAUUCCACCUAAAGAACCAUUGGAACAGAAGAUCCCCAUUUCAGAAGAACUGCACGAAGUUGCACCUCCAGAGACCUCUCCACCCAUUGGGAAAGCAAUUUUAAGGUAAAUGUUUCAUGUUUACAGUUUAUUAUCAAUCAGUAAGAAUAUAAAUAUUAAAAUGUUUGUUUCAUUAUGCAUUUCUACUCACUAAUUUUCUUACAUUGUCUUACACAAUUUCACCAAUUUAUUUUAGAUGUUUAAAACAAUGUUUAUGCAGAUAGUAAUUAUCUGUUAGCUAAAUCUUGUAUGACAUCAUUUCUCAAGAGUACUGAGACUCACAGCCGGCCCGCUCAUUAGGCAGGAUUAGGCGGCCGCCUAUGGCGGCAGAUUGAGGAGGGAGGCAUUUUCUCAGCUAAACUGACCAAGAGGCACCUCCAACAACAACACAUUAAACCUCACAUAAUUCUGCCCAAAAACAAUGACAAUUUCUUUCAACUAGUGGCAUAUGGGCUUUUUAGGUGAGCGCUGAUGCCGCCCUUCAAUAAGCAGUGCCCACUUUGUCAAAUGCAGGGGGUGCAAAAUAUUUUUCUUGUCUGUUCCCAGCAUGCCCCUCCAGGGUGCUGUUGGAGAGACACAUCUCUGCAGCACUCCACCAACAUUCCAUCAAAAAAAAAAUCUUACAAAAAUCCUGUAGCAGAUAUAGAUGGUAGAAAUACUAUGUGGCCUUUUCUGUAGCCUACAGGCUAGAGAUAAUGACAAUGUAAUGAGACAAACCAUUUUUACAUCAUGCAGGUUUCUCAGAUCAAAUAGCCUAACCUAAAAGGCGCACAAGCAAAUAAGAAAUGAGCUGUCAUGUUAACAAACAACUUAUCCUAAAAACAGGACAGGUCAAAGUAAAAUGGACAAUAUGGAAUGGACAAUCACAACUGUUGUCCAGGAGUUUCACCCCAUUGUCAUGAUCAGUGGUUUCAAGUUUGUAUCCCUCCAUUUUUGACAAGCUGAUCAUAGCGAAAAAUAAAAUAAUUCUGUAUUUCUGGCUGUGUAAAGUAAACACAUUGCAAACAGGCUAACAAUAACUCCUGAUAUAGUUGGGUAGCUGAUAUUCAGAGUUUAAAUAGCCAAAUUGAUUAGUCACAGGAAUCAGGACUAAUAAAGCCAAUACAAUAGCCUGUUUUACAAAAGGUGGCCCUACCACAUGGAUGGCCAUUCAUAAAAUUCCAUUGUGGGCCGACAUUGCAGGCUACACCCCAGUAAGCAUGAGCCAAUGUCUUUUGGAAGUCUUUUUCUGGUCCUGUACGGACUUGUUUUACAAACGGUAGGCUUACCACAUAGAAGGGCAUUCAUAAAAUUCCAUUUCAGGCACCUCAGUAAGCACGGACCAACGCUGACGCCUUUAGGGCGUCUUUUUUUGGUGCAGUUCUGGACCAGCAUUGAUUUGGCCCAAACAUAGACAUCUAUAAAUGACUUAUUUUCAACUUUCAUUCAGAACCAAAAAUGAGACUGAUUUCAACAUCUGUAAAAUACAUAUUUUCAACAUCUGUAAAAUACUUAUUUUGAAAAUCAGGAAAAUAAGUAUUUUCAACUUUCAAUCAGAACCGAAAAUGAACCUGAUUUCAAUGUCCGGAAAAUAAGUAUUUUUCAACAUCCGGAAAAUUUGCCUUUUCAAUGUCCUGGAAAAGAUGUAUUUUAAACAUACGGAAAAUACCUUUUCACCUUUCAUUCAGAACCUAAAUUGAACCAGACUUGUUUUCAGUCAUUUUGCUUACUGGGACUAUUCUAGGUUUGCAGGGGCAGCAUUAUUUGGUCGAGCCUAUGGCGGCAGAACGGCAAGGACCGGCCCUGAGACUUAUAUUUUGCUGUACACUGUCCCUGGUCCAAUAAAGUUAAUAAAACAAAUAUUUAUACUAUAAAAAGGUUAUUACAUGAUAUAAAUAUUUUGUAUCACUCCCACUGUCUCUUGGAACAAGCUCCCCCACGACGCCAGGACAGCGGAGUCACUGACCACCUUCCGGAGACACUUGAAACCCUACCUCUUUAAGGAAUACCUGGAAUAGUAUAAAGUAAUCUUUCUACCCCCCCCCCUCCCCUCCCCCACCCCCCCAUUUAGCGUCUGCUAAAUUAUGUAAAUGUAAAUGUCUUGACGGUUUCUACAACACUUGCACAUAUAAAAAGCAUAAGGUAUACUAAUAAAAUGAUAGAACUCAUAAGUGUUCCUCAUCCCUUCCUAGAUGUACAGGGUGCUGUGGACGGAGGCUGUGGAGAGACAGAGGAAGAGAAGCUGGGAAAAGGAUUAACUGCUUCUGAGCCAGGGAAGAAGCCAGAGGCUCAAAAUACAGCCAAACAGUCCAGAAAGCCCCCAAGGGCGAGGAGCCAGCUACAGAAGACCAAAGAAACCGACAAGGAAAACAGGCACCCAUUUGCC